AUGGAUAAGAAGCCAAAUGCAGCUAAUCCACCACGCACUAGUCGAAAAAUUUCACCACAAAGUUUAACUAUGGGAAAACAUAUAAUAACGAAACGACGUUAUUCUCAUCAAUCAAAAAUAUUCUCUACACAACAAGAACCGACAUUCUUCGUAUUAGAACAUUUGAAUGCUAGCAGUCGUUUCAAACAUCGAAAUAAUACAUCGUUUCGACCACUUGCUACAUCCACACCAUACGAGAUUGAACAAUCACGUUCAUUCAACAGUGAUUCUCCACAUUCGUUUAUGAGAAAUCAACGACCAUUAUUAACUCCACCGAUUUGUUGUAGUACACCAAAGCAGUCCCGCCGUCAACCGAAUGCAUCAUCAAGCGUUAAACGAAAACUACCCGUUGUUAUUUCUCAACGUCGAUUACAAUUCACAACGAAUUCACAAUCUUUUGUCCAAUAUACAAAAGAUGAAAGUAGACAAAUGACUAUGAAAAAUAUAAAAAUAUGGCUUUUGUAA